AUGGACACGCCUCCUCUCUCCUCCUCCCCCUCCUCCCCCUCUCCUCCUCCCCCUCUCCUCCUCUCCCCCUCUCCUCCUCCCCCUCUCCCCCCUCAGCUCGGAGGUCCCAUCUGGUCCGACCGUCUCCACACUCAGGAGUUUGUGCAGAGGGUUCUCUCCUCCGUGAAGCAGAACCCAUCCAGGUUUGGGACGUCCCGCCGCAUCCAAGGGGUCCUGAGUGUGGUGUCUGAGGAGCUGGAGGAUGUUCCUCUGUAUCACACUGUGGACCAGCUGAGCAGCACCAUCCACUGCAACACACCAUCACUGCUGCAGUUCAGGUACUGCUGGUGA